AAUCGAGCUCCGGAUUCCUUGUUAUGAAAAUGCUUUGUUAGCUCAUGCCUUCAGAUUCACUCCUUAUUACCUCUUCACUUGGUAUCAAUUGAAUUUACCCGACAAUGGCAGCAAAGAGGGUAGUCGUUGCCGGCGGAAACGGUUUCUUGGGAUCAAGAAUUUGCAAGUCCGCCGUCGCUCGAGGAUGGUCCGUUACAUCACUAAGCCGCUCCGGCGAACCGCGCUGGGAAACCGUCACCAGCUCCCCCAGUCGCCCUAGUUGGGCCAGCUCCGUCGAAUGGGCCAAAGCCGAUAUCCUGAAACCCGAAACCUACAAGCCGUUUCUGAACGGCGCGACAGCUGUCGUUCACAGCAUGGGAAUCCUCCUCGAGGCAGAUUACAAGGGGGUGGUGCAAGGUCGAGAACCGAUUCUUAGUGGCUUGCAGAAGGCGUUUAGUGCGUCGAGGCCGGGGAGUCAGGAUCCGUUGCAAAGACGAGAGGGGGAGCUGCUGGAGGUGAAGGAGCGGAAUGGGCAGUUUACAUAUGAGCUUAUGAAUCGGGAUUCUGCGAUUGCGUUGGCGCAAGAGACCCUGAACGAACAUGUCCCGACUUUUCUCUACAUUUCUGCGGCGUCGGGCGCGCCGGUUCUUCCGAGUCGAUAUAUUACAACGAAGCGAGAGGCGGAGUCGAUUAUUGCGGCGAAGUUGCCGGAGCUGAGGAAUGUCUUUGUUCGGGCCCCGUUUAUGUACGAUGAGAGCAGGAAGUUCACGCUCCCCAUUGCCCUGGGUGGCUUCGUUGGGUCUCAGGUCAAUGCGCUUCUGGGCAAUAAGCUGGACUUUCUUGGGUCCAUGGUGACGAAACCUUUCCAGGUGGGUGAUGUGGGUGAGGCUGUGGUGGAGGCCCUGGACGAUGAAUCUGUCCGUGGAGCCCUCGGAGUUGAGAAAAUAGAAGCUUUGGCUACGAAGGCGUGGAGAAAGAGCAUGCUCUGAGUGAUGCUAGAGAAGCGAUUGGACAAGAAAUUGAAAAGCACGUGGAAUUGUCUGAAUGGCUAGCAGCUUGAACUGGUAGCUGGCGCCUUGGGGAAAACUUCAACCAAGGCAAGGCAAGAUGGUUCUUACUUGCAUUAACCAGAGCAAGGAAGACAUGCGAGGCUAAGCCAGAAUUUGCGACAGGGGCAGUCUUGCCUGGUCUCACUUUUAUAUCCGAGGCAGCGAAGUGCCUUUGUCGCUGGCUUGGCGAAUUACCCCGGAUAGCGGUUUCUGGAAGCUGUACAUUAUAUCAUGUAUCAUAACGAGGCUGUAACAAAACACCCCUAAUUUGU